GCGUGUACUUCCUCUCAAACAUGGCGGUCUGUGUAACACCGCUUCGCUCCUCCUUCAGAAUGUGCAGCCCGUUGUAUUCACAGCAUCACCGCUGCAGGGCCACUCUGCGCGUACAGAGAAAGUGUGAGUGUCCGUGGAGACGCGUGCAUCAGGCUGCGACCAGACAUGAAGCGGUGGUGAUUUCUGGGACAGUGUUGGCUCGACAGAUCCACAGAGAAAUCCAGCGGGACGUGGAGGAGAUGGUGUCCCAGGGCAACAUGAGGCCGCACUUAGCUGUGGUCAUAGUGGGAGAUGAUCCAGCCAGUCACACCUACGUCCGAAAUAAAACCCGGGCUGCCAACAUUCUCGGAAUCUCAAGUGACACGGUUGUUCGGCCGAGUUCGGUGUCUCAAGAGGAGCUGCUGGAGCUGAUCGACAAAAUGAACCGAGACUGGAGAGUUAGUGGCCUCUUGGUACAACUGCCUCUUCCUGAGCACAUCAACGAGCGAGCUGUGUGUAACGCCAUCGCUCCAGAGAAAGACGUGGAUGGUUUCCAUAUUGUGAACAUUGGGAAGUUGUGCCUGGACCAGAGAUCCAUGAUUCCGGCCACACCUGCAGCCGUGUGGGAGAUUAUCAAACGAGCAGGAAUUGAAACAGUGGGCAAGAAUGUGCUGGUUGCUGGCCGCUCUAAGAAUGUUGGAAUGCCAAUCGCGAUGUUGCUGCACACAGAUCGUUACCAUGAGCGCCCGGGGGGCGAUGCCACUGUGACCAUCACUCACAGGUGUACUCCGAGAGAACACCUGAAGGAGCUGGCCAACCUGGCUGACAUCAUCAUCGCAGCUGCAGGUGUCCCGGGGCUGAUCACCGCUGACAUGGUGAAGGAAGGUGCUGCCGUCAUCGAUGUGGGAAUCAACCGUAUUCAUGACCCCAAGACAGGAAAACUCCGACUCAUCGGAGACGUAGAUUUUGAAAGAGUGAAGCAGAAAGCAGGUUUUGUGACUCCUGUCCCUGGAGGCGUGGGUCCAAUGACCGUCGCCAUGUUGAUGAAGAACACUGUCAGAGCUGCUCGGAACGCACUAACACACUAGAUACAACAUAUUUAUCAAUGAAUCAACACUGACGUGAAACUUUAUACAUACAAACACUAUUUACAUAUACAAAUACUCUAAACACACAUACAAAUACCCAUUUUACAAACAUUUAUUUAAAUUGCAUGUACACAUAUUGACAUUACUUAUUGCCUCAACUCAUCUGCUGGAAAACAUACUUGAUAUUAUUGUACAUUAUUUAUUUAUUUAUUUCAGUUAUUUAUUCAGAGGUUACAUUUUUACCAAAUCAAAUUAAUAUUUUUUCUACAGAGGUUGUUUUGUUCUGGACAUUCCAGAUUCACUGGAAGUUAUCAAUGGAAUAAAAGCUGUGCCAACAUUUACUUUGU